AUGGACAAAGGAAAGAAACUAGAAUGGGGCACGAGCGGUGCGGCGCAGAGCAGCGGAGGCAGUUGGCUCAUCACCAUGUUCUGCCUACUCGUCCUGCUUGUGCUGUUCGCCGCCGCCAUCUUGAUUUUCUCACGUGACGUCGGAGCAGCCGAAAGUGGCGAAGGAGAUCCGGCCGCUUCCGGAGAAGACGGUUCCUCUGGGCCAUCGGGGCCAUCGGGGCCAUCUGGGCCGAGCGGUACCCACUCCCGAAAGAAAACCACCACUGUGGCUGCAGACGAGACUCGCGAGGACAUCGACCGCCCCGAAGACCAGCUUUCUAUGAGCACCAAGAUUACAGAACCAAGUGCGUCUUCUACGGCCGCUGGUUAA